AUGCAGUGGCACCGGAUUGAUAUGCAGGAGCAGAAGAUGGAACUAAAGGCAGUUCAAGAGAAGCUUUUCGAUAUCAUGAAACAACCUUUCUCUGCAGAACAAUAUGAAGAACAACGCCAUCUCCAUGUCAAACAGAGUCAUUUGCUCGCCCUCCAAGAGAAAUAUUGGAGACAGCGAUCUAGGGCUUUAUGGCUUCAAGAGGGGGAUAGAAACUCUGCAUACUUCCAUCGAAAGGCAUCCAAUAGACGAAAUAAAAAUACAAUCAGGGGCCUUCUAAUUGCCGCGGGAGAAUGGCAAACUGAAUCCGGUGUACUUAAGCAGAUGAUGGUUGAAUAUUAUGCGCAUGUAUUCAAGGCUGGAACAGUGAAUGAUGAUGCUAUAUCCACUAUCUUUCGAGCUACACCAAUGAAAGUUACUUCCUCUAUGAAUGAUGAUCUUAAUAUGCCUUACUCUAAUGAAGAAAUCAAAGCGGCUCUCUUUCAAAUGCAUCCUUCAAAAAGUCCGGGGCCAGAUGUCAUAGCCAACAGACUCAAGAGAUGGCUACCUGAAAUCGUUUCUCCACUCCAAAGUGCAUAUGUUCCGGGUCGGUUAAUUUCGGACAAUACUUUAGUGGCUACUGAGGUUGCACAUUUCAUGCACAAGCUUCGAUCCCAAGUAGAUGGCUUUUUCUCUCUUAAACUAGAUAUCAGCAAGGUUUAUGAUCACCUUGAAUGGUCUUAUUUGCAGGCUAUUCUGACAAAAUUAGGGUUUGCCUCUAACUGGAUCAACAUGGUGAUGAGAUGUGUGACUUCUGUUAGUUAUGCAAUCUUGGUCAAUGGGGAAGCUACUGCAAAAAUACAUCCUACCAGGGGUAUCAAACAAGGGGAUCCACUCUCUCCCUAUCUAUUUAUCUUAUGUGCUGAAGGUUUAUCUGCCUUAAUUUCUCAGGCAGUACAGUUUGGUCCCAUUCAAGGGCUGAAAAUGGGUCCACAAGCGCCAGUGUUACAUCAUCUCUUCUUUGCGGAUGAUAGCCUUCUUUUUGGUGCAGCUACUUUGGAGGAAUGUAUGACUUUCAAAGGAAUUCUUGAUACUUAUGAACAAGCCUCUAGACAAAAGGUAAAUUUUAGUAAAAGCAGUGUUGUGUUCAGCACUAAUGUGCAGCCUCAUCUAAAGGAAGUUCUAGCUGCGGUGUUGAAUGUCACAUGUGUUGAUGAACAUGAUCGGUAUCUUGGUCUACCUUUACGAGUAGGAAAAUCCAAGACAGCUAGGUUUCAGUACUUGAAAGAAAAAAUCUCCAAAAAGCUCGUGCAUUGGAAGUCAAAAAUUCUGAGUAGUGCGGGUAAGGAAAUUCUCAUUAAAGCCGUUGCUCAGGGUGACAUGGAGGGCAAGCGAAAAAUCCAUUGGAGAAGCUGGGAAAAACUUUGCUUAACUAAGCAUGAAGGUGGCUUGGGAUUCAAGAACAUUUAUGCCUACAAUCUUGCCAUGUUAGCCAAGCAAGGGUGGAGGCUCAUCACCAAACCUAACUCGCUUAUAGCUCAAGUGCUCAAGGCUCGGUACUUUCCCCAUUGCUCCUUUUGGGAUGCCAAUUUAGGUGAUGCACCGUCUUAUUCCUGGAGAAGUAUUUUGGAAAGCAGAUCAUUACUCAAAGCUGGUACCCCGUUCUUGUUACAGUCCUCUAUUCUACCCAACUUGGACUUUAAGGAAUGGAUGUUAGAACGAGCUCUUACUUUGAAGCCGGAAAUUUUUGAGAAGCUUCUUAAGAUUAUCUGGGGUUUAUGGAAGAACAGAAAUAACAAGUUGUGGGAAGAUAAUGCUCAGUCUCCGAAUGAUAUUAUGCUAGGGUGUUUAUCAUGGUUGAAUGAGUUCCAACAAGCUCGAAAGAUGCCUACUGCAAGGAGCCAAGCUGGGGUUCAUCGAUGGAAACCUGCAAAUAUCCUCAAGCUUAAUGCGGAUGGUGCGUUUGCAUCUCAGUUUUCACAUGGAGGAACAUGCGGUGUUCUAAGAAGUUCCACUGGCAGCUUUGUUGCUGCCUUCAUGAAGCCCGUGCACCAUGUAUGUUCAGCUAAACAGGUGGAACUUCUAGCCAUUCAAGAAGGCCUACAUUUUCUCAAGCAAUUUCGUGUCCAGCAGGCAGUCAUUGAAACUGACUGUCUCUUGGCAGUUCAAGACUUGGCUCGGACUGAUGUGAAUAUGUCGGAACUCAGUAAUCUAGUUCAUGACAUCCAACAAGCACUAGAAGAUAUGCAAGGUGUCCAAAUCAGUUUUGCGUCCCGGUCCUGCAACAAAGUGGCGCACAGACUAGCAAGUCUAGCUUUUGACGAUGGCCAGAGUGAGUUUGGCAUGGAAAUACUCCCAGUUGUAUUCUUGACUUGA